CCCCCUUCCCUUUUAGCCUCGGGCGCGGGGGAGGCUCGGCAGACCUGCUGACUGGGAACCGAUAUGGCAGCGACUUUGGGGAGCGGGGAGCGCUGGACGGAAGCUUACAUUGAUGCAAUCAGAAGAAACAAAUACCCAGAAGACAGACCUCCUGAAAGUCAUGACCCCUGUGGUUGCUGUAACUGCAUGAAGGGACAGAAGGAAAAGAAGUCUGAGAAUGAAUGGAAUCAGACCCGACAGGGUGAGGGGAAUUCCACUUAUACAGAGGAGCAACUGCUUGGAGUACAAAGGAUCAAGAAAUGCAGAAAUUACUAUGAAAUUCUGGGAGUUUCACGAGAUGCUAGUGAUGAAGAGCUUAAGAAAGCUUACCGAAAACUUGCCCUGAAAUUUCAUCCUGACAAGAACUGUGCUCCUGGAGCAACAGAUGCUUUCAAAGCAAUAGGAAAUGCCUUUGCAGUCCUGAGCAAUCCUGACAAGAGACUCCGCUAUGAUGAAUAUGGAGAUGAACAGGUGACUUUCACUGCCCCUCGAGCCAGACCUUAUAAUUAUUACAGGGACUUUGAAACCGACAUCACUCCAGAAGAGCUAUUCAAUGUCUUCUUUGGAGGACAUUUUCCUACAGGAAAUAUUCAUAUGUUUUCAAAUGUGACAGAUGACACACACUAUUACCGCCGGCGGCACCGACAUGAGAGAAUGCAGACACGGAAGGAAGAGGAAGAGGAUAAGCCUCAGACUACAUAUUCUGCAUUUAUUCAGUUACUUCCAGUUCUGGUGAUUGUGAUCAUAUCUGUGAUUACUCAGCUGCUAGCUGCUAAUCCCCCAUAUAGUCUAUUCUAUAAAUCGACCUUGGGCCACACCAUUUCUAGAGAAACCCAGAACCUACAGGUGCCUUACUUCGUGGAUAAAAACUUUGACAAGGCCUACAGAGGUGCAUCUCUGCGAGACCUGGAGAAAACGAUAGAGAAGGAUUACAUUGAUUACAUCCAGACCAGUUGUUGGAAGGAGAAACAACAAAAGUCGGAGUUGACCAAUUUGGCAGGAUUAUACAGAGAUGAACGAUUGAAACAGAAAGCAGAAUCGCUGAAACUUGAAAACUGUGAAAAACUUUCCAAACUUAUUGGCCUACGCAGAGGUGGCUGAGAGGCUGAUAGUUGUACGCAGGCUCGGGGUUUUGCUACAUGUUACUGUUUAUGUUCCUAAUUCCAUUUUAUAAUACAAAAUUAGGAAAUGAUGAACAUUUCACAAUUUACUAACUUUGUUUGGUGGGCAGAGUUGGAGGCGCUUCAGCAUGGAGCCAGACUUGUCAUCACAGAAUCCUUCCUGGGGGUUGGCUUCAGGAACAAGGGGCACGUCAUCUAAAUUCAUGGCCAAGCAUUAGAUCCAGCCCCCUGCGCCGUACCUACCUGCCUCUAGGAAUGUAGUUCAGGGCAUCCCAGAGCAGAUUCAUAUUUUCUUCUUUCUUCAGUGAAGUCUUAAUACCCAGUCAUUCCUAGGUUUAGCCAAAGCAGCUUAAUAUUGGUUGUUUACAAUGUGCAACGAGAAUUAUACCUCUCCUUUUGUUAAAGUCAUCUCCCCACCAGAUGCAGUUGUUUUGACAACUCAGCUUUCCAUUUUCAAAGGGGACCGCAGAGAAACGCAAACUGUUGUCCACAGUUUUCCAUUUGCCUAAUCUAUAUUCAGUUACUGGCGUUAGCAAACUACCUGAUUUCAGUUUCUUUUACUUUCUUAACCCUCUCUCUUACAGAGGGCCCAGAAAUUAAGAGUUAUUGAGUAAACAGUUCAAUGGACACACAGAAACAGGGGCCAGGGGUAAAGGUAAAAUGCAAGCCUGAGUCUCAGCUGUUCAGUACAGUUUCCCUAGUCCAUCAUAGAACCCAGAGAAUGUUGUCAUUUUUCCUUGCAGCAUCACACUUGAGCUGAGUCCCUAUACCCCAUAGAGGUACAGUGGUCAGACCUAAGAGGAGACAUUCCCAUCUAGCCAGGCUGCUCAGAUCUAGAGAUAGAGAGGAAAGACCCUUAGUCUGUGGCUUUGGGGCCUGGCGGGAUCUGGCGUUGGCCCAGCAAUCACUUUGUCUAACCCAGUGACCUGUGGUUGUGAUAGGAGAUGCUUUUUUCACGUAGUCAGUGUCUGUUAAGUGCCUGGUAUGGAUGAGAACAUCGGCCCAGAGAGGCUACAUGGUUGACCUGGGUCACACAACUGGUUAUGGCAGAGCUAGAUGGUAGGCUGAUUAUCAAGUACAAAGUGAGUGCACAUCCUCCUUGCUCAGGUGAUUCUAGCCAUAUUGGUAAAAGCAGAAGCUUUCCCAAGGAUGCCCCUCCCGCACCACCUCCCAGCCUGGGACCUGGUAUCCUUUCUAUGGCAGUCCUGCAUCCACUCAGCACACCUCACUACACCACUUAUCAUACCAAACAAAAAGAGGCAACUCUUCCCACUGGUGACAAGGAAGAGGGAAGCCAUCUCAUGGACUGUGUGGUUCUGGGACUUCUUGUGGAGGUGAGCUAUAGGAUUGAGCUGCGCAGAUUCUAUCAUGAAUCUGAACCUAGAAGGAUCAGUAGGUGACUAUAGUCAACACUCCAAGUUUUUUUCAGGAUGGAAGAAAAGUUCCUGUUGCAAGGAAAGUCUACAUUAAAACUCAUUUCCAAAGUAGAGUUUCUCCUUUCAGUGGCAGAGCCACGAUUUAAGCAGAUGUAUUUAGUAUGGGUCCACCUCGGGGCAUCCCACAGGGUCAGGAGAUGAGUGCAGAGGUUAAGAGUGGGACUUUGGUGGCUGGUAGGAGACACCUGCUCAGUUCCAGGGAGGGAGAGCAGCUCCAGAGAUGGCCAAAUUUUUGUCACCCGACUAGGUCUGCCUUCCUGGGUUUGGGGGGACUUCCUUGUUCCCCUUGGAGUGACUGAAAGGAUUUACAUGGUAAAAUGUGCCUGUGAGCCAGAUGGGCUGUAGAAAGUUGUUUUCCUAUACAUACAAAAAUCAAAGCUCUACUCUCCCCAACUCCAACCUCUGCUAGAAAAUGGGCCAUAAUUAAACUGACUUGACAGGUUAAAAGUCCCUGUUCUAGGUGCCCAUGAAUAGUAUAGUCACACAUUUUAUGGAUUUCAUGGCAGAGAUGAGUUAUCUGUGAUGAUACUCAAUAGAGGCAAUACUAACUCACUUCAUUAGAUGUCAAGUCUGUUGUCUGUUUUUAUAGCACUGAUAGUACCGUUUUAUUUAUUAUCUAAUAGACCACAACACUCACAUCUGGUUUUCCUCAAGGGGAUGGUAUGUGCUUUGGAUUGAAGGAUAGUUUAAUCUAUUUGGUAAUGUCCAGAAUAUUGUUAAACUGUAAUUUUCUGGGUUGCAUUUUUAAAUGGGUUGUUUGCAUGGUGGUAAAAUAAGUGUUUUCCUCUUGCCUACAUCAUUUGGAAGGUUUUAUCAUAUAUAAACUUUCUAGUUAUGGCUUAUUCUUGCUGUCAGAACUUGGCAUGCAGCUCUCGACUAUUUUUGUGAGCAUGAAUGCAGACUGGAGACGGGGCUAAGAAGUAGGGCUUGAGGCUCAAGCAGAAACUGAAGCUCUCAAAAGAAUGGAAGUGCCUUCUGCAGUGCAUGAUCAAAAGUGAGGAGGGUAGGAUAAAAACCCUUCUCAUUACAAAGGGCACCACAAUUUGAAGGCAUCUGUGUCCCCAGAUUAGCAACCCUGGGGUUCAUCUGCUAAAACUACAAGGCUUCUGAACUUCCUUGAUCGGCUCCAGGGCUCACAGUUUGGGAGAAGUGACCAGUAAGAAAACACCAUUGCUAUUCUUUCUGUUGGAAACUUAGAAAUUAUGCUACUCCAAACCCCACGUGGAAUCCAGCAACCUGGCCAAGCUAUGUGUUACUCUCAUUUACAUCCUCACACUCAGGACUGGCUUUGUGAGGAGACACUGUUGGGAUUCCAGAGCUUUCUGUUAUGAAUGGCCACACAUGCGAGUUCAUUGUCUGCAUGCAUUGUUUCUCACAGGAGCUAGCACUUAAUUAGUAUUUAUUUUUUAUUCAUUUAAGGCGUAAGCUUAGUGUCCUAAUAUAUUUUUGGAAAGGACCAACUUACUAUACAUCUUAUUUUUUGAGCCUGCAUUGUUGAUACCUCGUGCAGUGACCACCAAGAAACUAUAUACCUAUGUGUUAGAUAUUGAUUACAUCAUUUGCAUCACAUUGAGUAUUUGUAAUUAAAGAUAUGAAUGUUCUGUGACCAAAACCAGGUUUGACAAAGAUGGAAUCAGCUUAUGGUGGAGUGAGAAUCCUGAAAAAUCUGGUCACCUGAUUCACAGCAUCUGGACUGAGUGUAUUUUAACAGAGAAAGAAAUUAAAUGAUUUUAUAUUAAAAGAA